UCUGCGCUUCAUUUUCAUUACGUCUGCAGCAAAGAUGGCCGAGCUGAGUGCUGUCCCUAGCGAUCUGUACCAGCAUGUGUACUCGUUUCUCCUGGAAAAUAAGUUUACUAAGGCUGCGCAACAGUUCUUGAAGAAGGCUAAAGUGAAACCCCAGGACCAAAAUGCAGACAGCCUUCUGGACAUCUUUAACUUCUGGGUGAAGUCACCGAAAUCGAAGAAGCGCAAGGCCCUGAGCAAUGGCCUGCCGGAGAAGAGUGGCCCCUUGGCCAAAAAGACGAAGAAGGAGAAGGAAUCCAGCAGCGAGGAAUCCAGCAGCGAGGAGGAGCCCAGCCCGCCGGCCAAGGCUGCCCCUGCAGUGACUAAGGCCCCAACAAAGAAGCAAGCAGCAGCUGCCAAGAAAGAGAGCAGCAGCAGUGAAGAUUCGAGCGAUUCUGAGGAUGAGGAGGAAUCCAAGGCCCCAGCAAAGCAGAAGGUCCCGGCCAAGGCCCCCGCUAAAGCUCCAAUUAAGACCCCAGCGAAGCCCCAGCCGGUGCGCAAGAAGGACACCAGCUCCAGCAGUGAGAGCUCGGACUCUGAGGACGAGGGGGCGGCAAAGACCCCCGCUGCCGGAACUAAGGCGACCACCCCUAAACAGGCUGCCGUCCCCAAAACAGCAGGCCCCCCUAAGGCCUCCCUUCAAAAGAAAACAGAAUCCAGCAGCAGCAGUGACAGCUCCAGUGACUCGGAGGAUGAGCAGCCAGCCAAGAAAGCUGUCAAACCCCCCGCACCUGUGAAACCGCCCCCACCCAAAGCAGCAGAGUCUAGUAGUGAAGAAUCCACCUCUGAAGAGGAGGAGCCGCCCCCCCGUAAGAAGAAUAAGCCGGAGCUGUACAGUGCAGUCCCGCCCCCGCCAUCCGUGCAGAAGGCUCCUACCCAAGUGGCGAGGCAGAAGGGGGCCACCAAGGCCGACAGCAGCAGCGACAGCAGCAGCGACAGCAGCGAUGAAGAGAAGGUGGCCGUCAAAGUCACUCCGGCCAAGGCUGUUCCAGUGAAGGCUGUCCCGGGCAAGCAUGCAGCCGCUAAACCUGCAGCCAAGAAGGCAGAAUCCAGCUCUGACAGCUCAAGCUCAGACUCCAGCUCGGAGGAGGAAGUGACGAAGAAGACUGCGGUGAAGACGGUUCCCAGCAAGGCGGCAGUGACCAAGACCCCGCCCGCCAAGGCAGCUAAGGCGGCUGCUAAGAAGGAGUCGUCUUCCUCUUCCAGCUCAGAUGACGAAGAUGAGGAGGUCGUGGCGAAGCCAGCGGCUAAAGGAGCACAGCCAAAACCUGCAGCAGUAAAGACGCCCCCCACAAAAACGGUGCCUCAGAAAAAGGAUGAGACGUCAUCAUCGGAUUCGGAAUCUGACAGCUCUGAGGAUGACGGCGCCAAGAAAACCCCCAAGGCUGCGGUCACAAAAAAGGCAGCAGUGACCCCAACCCCAAAAUCUACUCCUAAAGCUAGACCCAAGGCUGCCAGCUCUGACUCUGAUUCGGACAGUGACAGCUCUGACUCUGAUGAGGAACCGAAAACUCAGGUCGCCAAGGCCACGCCCGUCGCCAAGGCCACGCCCGUCGCCAAGGCCACGCCCGUCGCCAAGGCCACGCCCGUCGCCAAGGCCACGCCCGUCGCCAAGGCCAGCAGCAGUGAUGAUUCUGACAGCUCUAGUGAAGAGGAACAGGAGAAGGCUGUACCCAAUAAGGCCACGCCUGCUAAGGCUGUACCCAAUAAGGCCACGCCUGCCAAGGCUACACCUGCUAAAAGUCAGGAACAGGGGAAGGCUGCACAGUGUACCUCAGACUCCUCUGACAGCUCUGACUCGGAGACAGAGGCCAAGAAAAGAGCUGUGAAACCUUCUCUGGCCAAUGGGAAAGCAGCUACACCCAAAACAUCCACCCCCGCAGCAUCAAAACCCGCAGAGUCGUCAUCAUCUAGUGACAGCAGCUCUGAGGAGGAGGAGGUGCCCAAGAAGAAGACUCCUGCAAAGUCUACCCCUUCAGCUAAAAGUCCAAAUGUCAAAGCAAAAGACGACACAGAAUCUUCGUCAUCAGAAAGUGAGGAGGAGGAGGAGAAGAUAAAAACGCCCAAGGGCAAGAAAGUGACUGCCACAACACCACAAUCCUUCCCCCAGACCAAGCAGAAGACAUCCCAUGCUCCUUUCCGUAGAAUAAGAGAGGAAGAAGUUGAGGUGGAUCCUCGGUUUGCAGACAACUCUUUUGAAGCCAAGAUUGGAGCGAGUGGUGACUGGGGUCAGAAGGCCAACAACGUGCUCAAAUACACCAAGGGCAAGUCCUUCCGGCACGAGAAGACAAAGAAGAAGCGCGGCAGUUACAUCGGCGGGGCCAUCUCCACCUCGGUGAACUCCAUCAAGUUCGACAGCGACUGAAAGCCCGUGGACCUUUUCCUCAGGAACUGUUCGCAUCCUUGGUUUCUAUGUGACUGCAAACCAGUUCUGACACUUUUUCUUUUAUCUAGGAUGGACUGGAGAUGGUUAAUUCAAAUUGUGUUUUGUGAAGUAGUCAGAGGCUGGACUUUUUUUUUUCUCUCUCUCUCUUUCUCAAACACAUCCUGAGCUGUCAUCUUGAUUUUAGUUGGCUGUGGAUGCAGUAGAGUACCAGCAGGUGGUGCCAUUACAAAAAGAAUCAUCAUUAGAUCUGUUCAGUUGCGUUACCAAUUUAGAUUUCAGAUGUUCUUCCCUUACUGAUUAAAGUUGCCGGAAUUUUACUGUUCGGUUAAUAAUACUGUUUAGCCCAGCUGAGAUUCAUUUGUUUAAUUUUGGUCUCUGGUGUCUGCAAUAGCCGAUGAUGGUGAUGCGAGAGGUGGGAUGGCUUUUUUUUUUGUGUAUGGGGGGGGAGCGGUACUUGGAUUGUGGCUACUUAGUGCUAAUUUUCAGCCUGACUUUUGACUGGUAGCUUAUGUGCUCAAGCUGUUUGUAUAUGGUCAAACCUCACCCUUAUGAUAAUAAGGUUUUAUGUACAUAUGUCUGUGUUUUUCAUUUACCAUUCACAUGUUUUUGUUGCAAUGGCCAGGAACAGUGUUGAGGCACAGCCAGUAUGUUGGUGGUGAUAAAGCUACGAUAUACUGAGCGAGCUGGGAUCCCAGUUUUAGGGGUGGAGCCACAUAUGGGUGCUGCCCCCCCCCCCCCACCUUUUUAACUUUGAUGAAUUGAGUUCUGAAAUCUUCCUUAUUUUGGCUUGUCUUAAUAAUCAACGUUACUGUAAUUAAAGCUACAAUCUUAA